AUGACAUUUGGAAGGGCGUUGACACUACCAAGGAGUUGGGAUAGACUCGCUGGCACUAUUCCUCUACCGUAUCCAUCAAUACCAUCAUCCUCCAUCUACUACCAUCAUACUCCAUCUACUACCAUCAUCCUCCAUCUACUACCAUCAUACUCCAUCUACUACCAUCAUCCUCCAUCUACUACCAUCAUCCUCCAUCUACUACCAUCAUACUCCAUCUACUACCAUCAUACUCCAUCUACUACCAUUAUCCCCCAUCUACUACCAUCAUCCUCCAUCUACUACCAUCAUACUCCAUCUACUACCACCAUCCUCCAUCUACUACCAUCAUACUCCAUCUACUACCAUCAUCCUCCAUCUACUACCAUCAUCCUCCAUCUACUACCAUCAUACUCCAUCUACUACCAUCAUACUCCAUCUACUACCAUUAUCCCCCAUCUACUACCAUCAUCCUCCAUCUACUACCAUCAUCCUCCAUCUACUACCAUCAUCCUCCAUCUACUACCAUCAUACUCCAUCUACUACCAUCAUACUCCAUCUACUACCAUCAUACUCCAUCUACUACCAUCAUACUCCAUCUACUACCAUCAUACUCCAUCUACUACCAUCAUACUCCAUUUACUACCAUCAUCCCCCAUCUACUACCAUCAUACUCCAUCUACUACCAUCAUACUCCAUCUACUACCAUCAUCCUCCAUCUACUACCAUCAUACUCCAUCUACUACCAUCAUACUCCAUCUACUACCAUCAUCCUCCAUCUACUACCAUCAUACUCCAUCUACUACCAUCAUCCUCCAUUUACUACCAUCAUCCUCCAUCUACUACCAUCAUACUCCAUCUACUAGUACCAUCAUCCUCCAUCUACUACCAUCAUACUCCAUCUACUACCAUCAUACUCCAUCUACUAGUACCAUCAUCCUCUAUCUACUACCAUCAUACUCCAUCUACUACCAUCAUACUCCAUCUACUACCAUCAUACUCCAUCUACUACCAUCAUCCUCCAUCUACUACCAUCAUCCUCUAUCUACUACCAUCAUACUCCAUCUACUACCAUUAUCCUCCAUCUACUACCAUCAUCCUCCAUGUACUACCAUCAUCCUCCAUCUACUACCAUCAUCCCCCAUCUACUACCAUCAUACUCCAUCUACUACCAUCAUACUCCAUCUACUACCAUCAUCCUCCAUCUACUACCAUCAUACUCCAUCUACUACCAUCAUCCUCCAUCUACUACCAUCAUACUCCAUCUACUACCAUCAUCCUCCAUUUACUACCAUCAUACUCCAUCUACUACCAUCAUCCUCCAUCUACUACCAUCAUCCUCCAUCUACUACCAUCAUCCUCCAUUUACUACCAUCAUACUCCAUCUACUACCAUCAUCGUCCAUCUACUACUAUCAUACUCCAUCUAAUACCAUCAUCCUCUAUCUACUACCAUCAUACUCCAUCUACUACCAUCAUCGUCCAUCUAAUACCAUCAUCCUCCCUCUACUACCAACCAUCUUGA